UCAUGUCAGCAUGGAUGUGCUUGUAUCAGUAUGUUGUAUAACUAGGCUGGGACAGAAGAUGAUGUCUUUGUCUUCUGUUGUUGUUGUUUUUGUGUUCCUCACCUCCAAAGGACAUUGCUGGGAUCAUUUGUGUGAGACUGUCCAAACAGAAAGAAUGAGGAGGCCGCUAAUGUCGUAUCACUGCACUCCUGCCUCUCUCUGACCACGUUUUGCGUUCACGGCAGACGACUCACGUUUCAUCUCACCGCCGUCUAUCGCGUGUGACAAAGGAGGAGGACGGGUGAGGGGUUGGGGGGCUGUGAACAACAUUAUUGAAAUGCUCUGCUCUGUCAUCAGAGAGGAGUGACUCAUGGACUGAUACUGACAAAUAUUCGCUGGACAUUCUGACACCACAUCAUGCACAUGGAAAAGGAAGGACAUGUUUCCUCAAAGAUAGGCGAUUCAACAAAGCAUUAUGCUGCUUAUUUGUUGGAGUCUUGUUUGUCACAUGAGACUCAGUGGCUUUGGGUUCUAGUGUUCCGUGUUAUUUAUAGAUCUGUAUUCAGGGGAACGACAUUGGCUUCACAAUGAUUUUCAUUCUCUCGCUUUAGUUAGGAGUGUUGCUUCAUGAGAGCAGUUCUGAUUUUGACAUUUGAUUGUUGCUCCUGUUCAACAUGGCACACUUGAUGAACGUAGUGCAUUAUGACAGUCAGCUGGCGCUGCAGUCGUGCAUGCAAUGCGGUUACCAGGACGCAAGGGCCUGCUCUAAGGUGCCCAAGUCACAUGUACAUUUGUGGACAGAAUAAUACGGUAUUUCUUUUGGGCAUAAAUGUCACUUUAAUUGUGGGCUAUUGUACAACAGGCAUUUUCAAAGACUUUUAAAAAUAAGAUCGAGCGCACAAUUUUUCAAAUGUAAACAGGGUUUACACACAGGUUCCGGUUCAGGUAGACGCAUGCAACUUCACUAAUAACAGGUUUUGUAGCCAUUAACAGGCUUCUGGCUGGAGAACUGAGUGCUCUUCUAGGCAGAACAUGCAGAGGUUUCAUUGGCUGGUUUCUUGCCACAGGUAGCGUAAUUCUAAUUUCAGUGGAGCUUCAAGGUGCUAUGUUGGGGCACCCACUGAGUUCAUGGUCAUGGAAAACUGGCUUCACUGUGGACAGCGACACUGGUCUUCCAGCAGUUUCCAGUUCAGGCUUGAGCUUUGGUGUUUCCUGUCUUGUUACUGUACAUCCUAAACAGCUGAUCUGAGGUUGUCAGUGUUGGUCAUCUAUCAGGCCUCUGUGUCACCAUAUCCAACUAGCUUGUACUCAUGUACAACUUUUUCAACUAGUUCUUUUGCAUUUGUUUAAAAUGAAACUUGUGUAAGUCUGUGAUUCUCCUUAGAUCUUCAUUGACCUCCCUGAGCUUUCCCGCUGUUCUGCGUAUUGGUCGAUCAAUGAGUGCUGUCAAACUAAUUAUUUUAUGCUAUCAGCGAGGGUUUAACGGAAUAUCGAUAUAUGGAACUAUCGCAAUAUUUAACCCUACAAUAGACUAUCGAUACACUCUCACCGUGUAUCUUUUUGAAUCAUCAUUAAAACACAAAAAUGUCCUACACUAGAAAAUACUACAAACAUCUUCCACCAUUCUACCUCAGUGAGUCGCCAUUCUACAUGUCAUCCUUGCAAGAUUGGCAGAAAAUUGGGCGGAAGUCACAGAAGAAGAAAAAACAAGUGCUUCCCAAUGACGGACUUAGGCGGCGACGUUAAAGGGAAAGAUGCUCCGCUGUCUCCGCAUAGCUCUCGUCUGUAGUGCUCCAAAGUAGGUCAGCCCUCGGGGGCCCCCUUCUGGCCCAGGGCUCCAAACAUUUGCCUGCCUUGCCUGUACAUGCAAAAAAUGUCAAAAGAUAUUGACGGGCAGCAAAGCACACAGGUAUCACACAGAGCUUGGAAGGUAGAGGUAGGAGUGUGUGGUGUAACCUUAUGUUUGCUGGUGUGCCUUUAUUUUGAAGACCGGAUGUUACCGGAAGGGGGAAGCAGAGGGAUAGAGUGUGUGACAUGUGAAGCAAUAAAGGAGAACUUGCAUGUGGAGAAUAUCUUGCCAUCUGUUUGAGCCCACAUAUUAAAAAUACGACAUGGUGUCAGAGUCGCGGCAGCGGUAAGGAGCAGUGGAAGACUGUUGGGAGAGUGUUUUGUGUUUUUCUCGGUGCAGUCAGCAGACGAAGAGAAAAAAAAGAAAGAAAAAGUGCACGGUGCGGGAAUGGAUGGCGUGCAGGCCCCCCAGCUAGCAUCUAACCCUGCUAAUCCACCACCUAAUGCAACGUUCACGAUUCAGCCUCCGGAAGCGUUCGACUUUACAAAGCCCCAGGAGUGGGAGAGAUGGAGCAGACGUUUUGAAAGAUUUAGAUUGGCCAGCAAUCUGCAUCUCAGCUCGCAAGCUAACCAGCGUGGCGGAGGAAGUGAAGACGAUUGGCACGCUAACAGAGGAAAUGGAAAGCUCAACACGAUCUAAAGACACAGGGUCAACAGAGCGGGUGACCCAGAAACGAAAGAUGCCAAGUCCCUCUCACCCAUCCAAUGAUCACUCCUCUGCUGACACCUCCACCAGCCCCAUGAAAAAGAAAAAGAAACCAGGGGCUGUUACCGGCAGCAAAGACCAGUCAGAACUAAGACAUGGUCCCUUUUACUAUGUGAAGCAGCCAGCACUCACCACAGACCCUGUUGAUGUUGUACCGCAGGAUGGCAGGAAUGACUUCUACUGCUGGUUGUGCCACCGCGAGGGUCAGGUGCUCUGCUGUGAGCUCUGCCCCAGGGUGUACCACGCCAAGUGCUUAAAACUACCAGCCGAGCCUGAAGGCGACUGGUUCUGUCCGGAGUGUGAGAAAAUAACAGUUGCGGAAUGUAUAGAGACUCAGAGCAAAGCCAUGAUGAUGCUGACUGUAGAUCAGCUGUCUUAUCUACUUAAGUUUGCUCUUCAGAAGAUGAAACAACCAGGUGAUCAUCCUCGCUUGUCAUCUCGCUCUCCCCAUGCAGCUUCCACGCAGAGAAAGACUUUUAAUUGGACCGAGCUCUUCCAGAAACCCGUUUCACUUGAACAGCAUCCAGAUUAUUCCGAAUACAUUUUUCACCCAAUGGACCUUUGCACUCUUGAGAAGAAUGUCAAAAAGAAAAUGUACGGCUGCACCGAAGCCUUCCUGGCAGAUGCAAAAUGGAUUUUGCACAACUGCAUCAUAUACAACGGAGGCAAUCACAAACUGACAGCCACUGCUAAAGUUAUCGUUAAGAUCUGUGAACAUGAGAUGAAUGAGAUUGAAGUCUGUCCCGAGUGCUACCUGUCUGCUUGCCAAAAGAGGGACAACUGGUUCUGUGAACCGUGUGGGAACCCGCACCCACUCGUGUGGGCUAAACUCAAAGGGUUUCCCUUUUGGCCAGCUAAAGCUUUGCGGGAUAAGGAUGGCCAAGUGGAUGCUCGCUUCUUCGGUCAGCAUGACAGGGCUUGGGUCCCUUUAAACAACUGUUACCUCAUGUCCAAAGAGAUUCCUUUCUCUGUGAAGAAGACUAAAAGCAUCUUCAACAAUGCCAUGCAAGAGAUGGAAGUCUACGUGGAGAACAUGAGGAAGAAGUUUGGAGUAUUUAACUACGCCCCCUUCAGGACACCCUACACUCCAGACAACAGCUUUCAAAUGCUGCAAGAUCCCUCCGACCCCUUAUCCACUCCGUUCAAGUCAGAGAAACAGGAAAAAAUCAAGCUGAGCUUUGAUAUGACAGCGUCUCCAAAGAUCUCCCUAACCAGAACCAUGCUGUGUGGAGGUGGCAUCGGAGCGCUUGCUACAGGUCGCAGACUGCCCAGUGACAUGUCUCGCUCCCCCAUGAGCACCAACUCUUCAGCCCAUACCGGUUCAGAUGGGGAGGAGGCAACAGACAAGCCCCAGAUUAAAGCCCCAAAUAGCCAGGGAAGCAUGGGAGAAGAACUAAUAGAACCUACAGCAUCACCGGCUCACGCUCCAACUGGUCAAGCCGCCAAUUCAUCGGACAGCCCCAAACCUUUUCACUCACCAUCUCUUAGCAACCCCAAGCAGGAAAAGACACAACUGACAGGCAGCAUUCUCAACCUUAAUCUAGAUCGGAGUAAAGCCGAAAUGGACCUUAAGGAGCUCAGUGAAACGGUUCUACAGAAGCUGGGACCCAUACCUGUUCUCACCUCUCCAAAAAGACCAAUCAGGAGCCGUUUCCAGUUGAACUUGGACAAAACCAUUGAAAGUUGUAAAGCACAACUCGGUAUCGAGGAGAUCUCUGCUGAUGUGUACAAAGGUGUGGAACACAGUGACUCUGAGGACUCUGAUAAAUCUGACUUUAGUGACAGUGAGUAUGCUAGUGAUGACGGACAAAAGGUCAAAGAGCCUCAGGACUCUCCACCCCCUCCUGAGAAACUACAGAAGAAGAGUAAGGACAAAGACCAAACAUCUCCAAGCCAAGCAGACAAACCCGAUGCCCCUGUCCUAUCUAAGUCUGCAGCAGUGGAUGUCAGUGCGACACCUUCAGAAGCUUUGACUGAAGAGAAAGAGAGUCCAGAGAAAACCAAAUCUCCCCCGGCAUCACCUGUGUCCAGGGAGAAGGGUCAGGUGCAAGAGGAGGUGAUGCAACGUGUGCCUGUGGAGGAUUCCGACUCAGAGAAGGAGCUGGUUAUUGAUCUCGGGGAGGAGCAAGCGAAUAAGGACAAGAGGAGACGCAAAAAAGAUAGCGCUGCUGUUAAAGAGUCAUCCGCUAGUAAACCUGAAGGUAAAUCCCCGACCCCAUCAACACUUCCAUCCCAAAACAGCACAACCCCUUCCACACCCUCCAGUGUUUCCUCACAGUCCCCUAUGGCCAUUCCUGUCACCAUGAUCUCCUUCACUGCACCUUCUCCAGCAAAUGUUAGCCUUGCCACUGUCUCCAGCGCCCCUGCAACUCCACCCUCUUCCUCAUCGUCAGCUUCUACCACACCGGCAUUGAAAAAACAGCGCCCUCUGCUGCCUCGAGAGACUGUGCCGAGCGCCGUGGUGUGGAAUCCAGCUGCCAAGCUCCAGACCUCCUCACAGAAGUGGCCCGAGCGUCAGCAGCCUGUAGCAGCCACACAAAGUCAAGCAUCAUCGCCCAGACAAGGCCAGACGCAAGCAUCUGACAACGGCCCCACAUUAGUGUCUUCAUCUUCAGCAUCUUCACAAAGCACACGAUAUCAGACCAGACAGGCGAUUAAAGCUGUGCAUCUGAAGGACACACCAUUGACUACUUCAGCAGUCACGCUGGUGUCCAGCAGUCCCGCCCUAGCAGCAGGUUUAGGCACAUCUUCUUCAUCGUCAUCGGUGGAAAGCGAGCAGUACAUUUCAAUGGCCUCAGCAGAUGUUGCGGCAGAUAUCGGCAAGUACACCAACAAAAUAAUGGAUGCAAUCAAAGGUACGGUGACCGAAAUCUACAGCGACCUUUCAAAGAGCUCUUCAGGAAAUACAAUUAGUGAAAUGAGACGACUUAGAAUUGAAAUUGAAAAAUUGCAAUGGUUACAUCAGCAGGAGUUGGCAGAGAUGAAGCAUAAUCUUGAGCUUACAAUGGCUGAGAUGAGGCAAAGCCUGGAGCAGGAAAGAGAGCGACUGGUGACGGAGGUGAAGAAACAGCUGGAGCUCGAGAAGCAACAAGCAGUGGAUGAAACCAAAAAGAAACAGUGGUGCGCUAACUGCCGAAAAGAGGCAAUCUUCUACUGCUGCUGGAACACCAGCUACUGUGAUUACCCCUGUCAGCAGGCUCACUGGCCGGAACACAUGAAGUCCUGCACUCAGUCAGCCACAGCGCCACAGCAAGAAUCCGAGUCUGAGUCAACGGCGGACUUGCCAAGCAAAAGUGUAGGACAGGCAAACAGCGGACCAAACAAUUUGCGAGACACACCGGUCUCUGCGGCAACAGAUAAAGACUGUGAGACACAAAAGAGCGGCAACAGUGUUGCUGUCACUUUGUCUUAACUGUGCUCAAUAUACUUGUUUUUCCCCCAACUGUGUUC